AUGUAUUGCUUUCAGAUAACGCUUUUCUUAGCAUGGGUUGCUUUAUCGCAAUGUGCCCAGGAACAUUUUUUAUUCCACAAUAAACCGAAAAAGGAUUGUUUCUGCCUACCACCAAGUCCGGGACAUGCUUCCAAGAUAACUGAUUUGCUUCAUCCAACUCCAGGUUCCGAAGAACUUAGGAAGGUUGUCUACGUAUUUAAAAAUUCUGUAACAGGUGAACAUAAAAUCUACAUUCCCAAUGCAGCGAAGCAACAUGUCUUCCCCAAUAUUGCAUACGAUGCGAAUGAAAUUCUCAGAUCCAUUGAUAAUACGCUAAUAUUUAAUGAUGAUUCUUGGGUAACUGUAAAAAAGUCACCAAAACAAAAGCCUAUCCAUUAUUUACCAGAAGAACUGAUAAACCAAGAUAAUUCAAAAAUCCUCAUAAAUGAGUUAAACAAAGACAAUAAGGAUCAUUUAGGCUACUUAGACAGAUCAAGAGAAAUUAAGAUACUUCGCACUUUACCUGGAAAAACUUCGCAAGAUGAAUUUCCCAAAAAAGAGUUGUAUCCCAGUAGUAACAAACAUGUUAAGACAGAAAUAAAUAAGUUUUAUCCUACUUGGUUAAACAAGGGAAAUAUUAUCCGCUAUAAACCAGAGCAACUACAUAAAUUCCCAUAUAAUGUAAAAAUCAUUUUACGAAUUAAUGGUAAGAAAGAUAUUAGAAAUGGCCAACUAGAAAUAAAUAAAAAAAUUGGUGAAAUAAUGGUUUAUACACCGAAUCACACUAUAAAUGAAUUGUACCCUGAGUUUGAUGUCAAUUCCAAUAUGAAGUUUGACGAAUGGUUGAAUAUCAUGGUGAAAGCUCUGCAUAAUCAACUUAACUUUUCUUCUAAAGUUAUAGACGUCAAUGUACUUCAAAUAUUCAUUAGGAAUGUUAUACAGAAUUUUAAACUUUCCUCUGCCAAACUAGGCGGUUCUUACGGAAAAGACAUAAACUUCUUCAACCUUAAAUUACGACCAAUAUUGAUAGGUGAAUCCGAUUUAAUAAAUAAGGUCAUUAACAAUGGUUUAUUCAAAAUACCUUCUGGUAUUUUAUUCCUAGAAGCAUUUUUUAUAUCGGAAAACACUAUUCAAAGUCUUGGUAUUAUACCGAUUGGCCACCUUUUAAUUGAUAACAAAGAAGACAAAUCAAAAACUACAACGGUACAAAUUAUCAAAACAAUAACAACUUGUGAAUAUGAUGUAUGUAAUACAAAGAAAGUAUGUAAAAAUGAACAAGAUGAAGAAGAGCCCUGUAAAGACUUUUCAAAUGUAAUAUCGAAAGAAGCCGAUAGAUCUGGACACCAUUCAGGCUGUAAGCAUUCAGGAUGUAGACACAGGAAGUGCAAGAAUAAUAAACAUUGUAAAGAGCAUGUUGAUGGAGGAAAUUUAAGUGCGAACGAAACGAUGGAAGAACGACGUGUGGAAGCAGCGGAAGAAGUUGAAAUCACUGAUCAGUCAAAUCCAGAACCAUAUAUCAUUAUAGAUACAGAUGGGAACGUGAUAUCAACAGCAAUGGAUGACACACUGCCAAUUGAUGAAGAACCAGGUAUCAGAAUUGUCGGUGGCAAUGCAGCCACUAAUAGUGGAACUCCCGUGAAUGUUAAAGGUAGAUCUGGUGACUAA